ACGAGCGUCUUUGAGUCACUGUUUAUAAUUCAGUUCAACGAUGGUUGGUAGAAAUUGAGAUGUUUUAUCCUUUAAAUCAAGCUUCUUGAUUGUCCGGGAAUGUCGAAUCUUCAUCCUUUGCGAAAUUCCUUACCUCGUAAAGGAAGGCAUUGGUCGCAAAACGUUCACGAAUGCGUCCUUCUUCGAGGUUCCACUGGGAACUUUAACUUACACAUCGUUGGUGGUGCAGAAAAUGGCGAAUUUAUCUGCAUCGGGGAAGUCAGACAAGAUAGACUGAGGUACAAACGGGGAAGGAUCCAUCAGGGAGACAUCGUCUUGGAAAUAAAUGGAAAGCAAGUUGCUGGAUAUACUCAAUUCGAUGUUUUGCCUUUGAUCAAGAGUUCGAAUGAAGCUGUAACGCUACACACUGUUAAACAAGGAGACCAAAUCACAAGGGACUUGCAGAAUUAUCUCUCCACGAAAUUUGACAAGACCUCCAUUGACAGUGAAUUACAGCAAACUAUACGAGAAAACCUCUACAACAGGACAGUACCUUGCACAACACGCUCACCAAGAAAUGGUGAAAUACCAGGGGUAGACUAUGUCUUCCUUUCUCUGGAGGAGUUCAUAAAAUUAGAAAGAAGCGGCAAUCUCCUUGAGAGCGGAAUUUAUGGAGGGAAUCACUAUGGUACUCCAAAACCUCCAAGGGAACCCCUGCCGCCUGAUAACAUGAUAUAUGUACCAGGCAAGAGUGACACAAUGAGAAAUGGAGGAAGAUCAAGAUCAGAAGACAAUCUGGGACCACUUCCAUCCAACUGGGAAAUUGCUUUCACUGAAGAUAAUGUCAAGUAUUUUAUAGAUCACAGCACUGGUACGACUCAAUGGGUUGACCCAAGAUUGGCGCAGGUCAAGAAGGCUACAGUUGAUGAGUGUGACGAUGAUGAGUUACCAUAUGGAUGGGAAAGAGUUGAGGAUCCAAAGUAUGGAACAUAUUAUAUAGACCAUGUCAACAGAAAGACUCAGUUUGAGAAUCCUGUGCAAGCACGCAGACGACAGAGUCAUUCAAGUAACAUGUCAUACUCUACUGCACCCCCGCCCCAUGCGGGCCCACCUUCGUUUCAGUCAGCAGCGGCCUUGGCCAAAGCACAAGAAGCAGAGGCUCAGUCAAGGUGGCCAGAAGUGGAGUUUUCUCAGCCAUCUCCUCCAGCAUACUCAGAUGACAGCUCAAACCAUCGUCCUAGAACUUACCCGUACUCCAUCAAUGGUAAACAACUGCAAGGUGAGGUUAUAACAACAGAACUGCACAAAGGCUUACGUGGGUUUGGCUUCACUAUCGUGGGUGGAGAUCAAGUCGGAGAACUGCUGCAGAUCAAGAGUAUUGUACCUGAUGGUGCUGCUGCAAAAGACGGCGUACUGAGAAUGGGUGAUGCUUUGACGAAAGUGAAUGGAAUGUCUGUGUUGUCCCGCAGUCAUCAAGAUGUGGUGAGCAUGUUCCAGGCCAUGCCAUCAGGAGAGAGUGUUGAGUUGGAGGUUGUUCGCGGAUAUCCAUUGCCCUUUGACCCUGAUGAUCCCAAUGUGGAGACAAUCGGCUCCUAUACCGUGGUGCACGGACCGUCCCCUGGCUCAGAAUCACCACUGCCACGAUCUUCAGAAGAGAACAGCCCUGUGUUUCCAACCUAUCCUCCACCCCAUGGCCAGGCAAUGAAUAAGUGGAGUAGUUCACAAGAGCCACCAGAAUCUCCAUUUGCCCCUGCCGCCCACACAACAUCAGCCUUCCCACGCACAUCAACAACUAACACUCUUCCACGAAGCUCCCCAGAGCUUCUAACGGUCCCAGUGGUGAAGGGUCCAAUGGGGUUUGGUUUCACCAUUGCGGACAGUCCAUAUGGGCAAAAAGUGAAACAGAUUUUAGAUGCUCCUCGUUGUCAAGGACUACAAGAAGGUGACAUCUUAGUGGAGAUAAAUGGGCGAAUGAUCCGGAGCUGUACUCACAAUGAGGCUGUGAACAUCCUGAAGGAAUGCCCUAAGGGACAAGAAGCAUUUAUUAGAGUUCAGAGGGGAGGAAUUCCAACACCACUGAGGAACAGCCCUGCAUUUGGAAGAAGAGAACAGGAGCCUGAGCCUAUCGUUUCGAGAGUUGCCCGUCCAAAGUCCACCCCCGUGAUGGGUUCAAACCACGUGGGGUACAGGCAGGUGGAACAUGGAAGCACGGGGAACCUGGCAACUACUGGAGAAAGCACAAGAAACCAGGAGACUGGGUACGAGAACCGAAGGCUUGGUCAACCAACUUUGGACAAAAGUUCUGAGGCCUUGUUCAAUUCUUAUCCUUCACUCAAAAAGGCUGUUGCUAAUGCGGCCAGGAGGUCAAUGGAAAACUUGAAUAUACCUGAAGUGGAGCCUCCCCCGGCAAGUCCAGACGACAUUAAUUUCACUGUUCACCUUCAGAGAGGCGAGAUGGGCUUUGGCUUCCGUAUUAUUGGCGGUCAAGAGGAGGGGACUCAGGUGGCCGUAGGUACAAUCGUCCGGGGGGGACCUGCCGACCUGAACGGUGAUCUCCGGCGUGGGGACGAAAUUCACUACGUGGAUGGAAUGAACGUAAUUGGAUCCACACACCGCCGCGUGAUCUCACUCAUGGGUAACGCCGCUUUAGCUGGUGAGGUCACAUUGGGUAUCCAUAGAAACCCCGCAAGAUCAGAAAGAUUGUCGUCCUCGGGUAUGAUGCGUCGUUCCCGAUCGGCAUCAUCGGAACUCUCCGAAGGGGCCCUGGGGGGAAUCAAAGCUAGGGAGGGGUCGAAAUCCAUGGGGAAUCUUAACCAGUACGGGAGGAGACCGUACCCCGAUCAGGAGGAAACGUCUUCAAUGCGGAGCUUUCAUUCUACCCCUGGGGAUAUCUUGACGGCCGGUGGGAAGUCAUCUCAACGGAACAGGAGCGUGAGUGAGAGUGACGCAAACGCUGAGCCCCAGGGCCCCACGUACUAUCGCGACAUCACACUGGAAAAGGAAGACAACGAGUCGUUUGGUUUUGUAAUCUUGUCAUCAGUUCAGAAGACUGGACCAACCAUAGGUCGUAUCAUUCAAGGCAGUCCUGCCGAUCGCUGUCGUCAGCUGCACGUGGGCGAUCGUCUCGUUGCGGUAAAUAACGUCAGUAUUGACGGUGUACAUCACAGUGAUAUUGUGGACACUAUUAAACAAUCUGGAAGAACUGUCACGCUUAGAAUUGCUCAGCAACCUCCAUUGGAUAACACUGAAGCUAAAAAAUUAUCUCGAAUGAGUGUACCGGACAUUGCUAAAGCAAGUAACACUUAUGAAAGUGAAAGAGACGGACGAAGAGACGCUGACCAUUGGAACCGGGACAGGCCAUACUCGGAACAGGUUUUGCCGGAUCGUACAAGAGAUGAAAGCCGUUUCCAAAGCUAUCCUAGAACACUGAAUCACAAUUCGGAUAUUCCUAAAAGAAACAACACUUACGGAAGUGAUACAAACACUAGAAGAGACGCUGACCAGUGGAAUAGGGAUAACGCAUAUUCAGAACAGGUUCUUCCGGACCGUACAAGAGUCGAAAGCCGUUUUCAAAGCUUUCCCAGAACACAAAACCACAAUUCACAACUACCGCCAAAAGUUCCCCCUAGAGUCGCCCCCAAGCCCUCGCGAGAAAGAGUGCUCAUGGCACGAAAAGAAAACAGUGUUAAUGCCGUUAGAAGCGACAUACGCAGAAGAUCGAACCCUGAAAUUCCCUCCAGACCACCCCCACCUUCCCAGAAUUACUCGGGAGGGAUGCGAGAUGAGCGAGAGUCGAGGUUCCAGACAAUGGAGGUAGAACUGGGUCGAGACCACCAAGGGUAUGGGUUCAGUAUCAGAGGAGGAAGAGAGUUGAACCUACCGAUAUUUGUAUUGCGCAUGGCUGAAGGAGGUGCAGCUGAGAGAGAUGGCAGGCUCAGGGUGGGAGACGAGAUUUUAGAAAUCAAUGGAAGGAGUACAGAGAAUAUUCCACACGCUGAAGCAAUAGCCCUGAUCAAGAGCGGCGGCAACAGAGUUCGCCUUUUGAUUCACAGAUCUAACAAACCUGUUUACCACGAUGGUAUUCCAAAUGGCGGACAGAGCAUUACAAAGGGCGGAAGCCUACCGCGGGCGACCUGGAAAAAUCCCUCUUACAACACCAUGUACCAGUAAUGAAUAGUCGCACGACGUAAUUUUUCACUUGAGCUGAAAAUCGUGCAAAAUUGUUUUCGUAGAUAAAACUAUUUUAUGAUACCUUAAAGUUUUUAUGGUAAUUGUAAGUUGAUAAUUUCCAUAUCUUAUUAGAUAUUUUAUCAUAGAUGGGUAUUUUCGGCUGUAAAUUCGUGAUUUGUCGCCGAUUUCUUGACCGGUAGAUAUUCCCCGUAUUUAAUUGUGAUAUUUUAACUGCUCUGUACAUAUUUCAUAACAUACUUUUAAUCUUUGACCAUACGUCUUUAAGACACUUUGUGUAUACAUUGGUGAGGGAUUUGCCUUCGCUGUGUAUUUUGUUUGUCUUUUUUUAGCAAAAGAGUUUUCAAUUGAGGACCCGUUGUUUAAGGAAAUAGUAUGUGAGAAAUUUGCU